AAUCAGCUGUGUCCAAUCACAGCUGAUCACAUGGCAAUGAUGAUCAGUGUGCACUGAUGAUCAGUAUGGCCCUAAAAGUGCCACCUGUCAGUGUCCAUCAGUGCCAGCAGUCAGUGCUCAUCAGUGCCACAUUCCAGUGCCCAUCAGUGCCACAUAUCAGUGCAUACCAGUGCACAUCAAUGCCACAUAUCAGUGCCCAUCUGAGCUGCCUUUCAAUGUCACCCAUCAGUGCCAGUCAGUGCCACCUAUCAAUGCCAAUCAGUGCUGCCAAUCAGUGCCACCUAUCAGUGCCAGUCAGUGUCGCCUAUCAGUGCGCAUCAGUACCACCUAUC